AUGGACAGCGGCCGGAAGCGACGCGCGCGCGCCGCGUUGUGCGCAGGCGCGGGCGACGGCGGGGCCACCGGGGGGGACGCGCAGCCCCCCGCCCCCGCCGCACCGCCCCCCGCACCGCCCCCCGCACCGCCCGGCGGCGGCGAGCCCGACGACGACGAGCCGCCCGACGCGGGCGGGGACGACAUCAGCAGCGCCGACACGCCGCGGGACCCACUCCGACUGCGGUACAAUCAUCCAUCAUUGGCCUUACAGAGCUAA